ACCCUUUCCUCCAAAUUCCUCUCCCGCUCUUCCUUUGUCCCUUCCGCUUCCCAAAAAACCCUAAUCCCUCUUCUAUGUCCCCAUUCUCCGCCGUUCCAAAACCCUAACCCUAAGCCCCGUGUUCGAGCUGCAAACUUCACUCUCUCUCUCUCUCUUUGCCCGUUGUUCGUUCCUUCAUGACCACCGCCGGAGUUUGGACCUGCCAUGCAGAAGCUCUGGCGCAGUUGCACGGGUCCUGGCCCUGUUCUCUCUACCGCUGGUUGGCUUGAAACUAAGGCCUCCAGUGCUCUCUCUCGUUCCUUCAUGUGUGCUUCUACUCUGCGUUUGUCUUCCUUCCCUGGUUCCGGCCAAUCCCGGCGAACUCCUCUCAUCCCUUGCCGUUGCGGUAUCGAUGUUGGCCGGGCGUUUUCUAGGGCAUGGUCUCCACUUUUACGAGAAGUUCAGGUUCCGACUUUAGCCUGGCUCCAUGCUAGCCCUGGGAGAGGGUUUCGAGCGGUUGAGGGUUUAAGAAGUAGAGAAAAAGGUGGGGUUUUGGAUGGGUUUGACGAGGAAAAGAGGAAGGAAGAAGAAAGUGGUAGCGAGGAGGAGGAGGAAGGGGGCAUUGUUGAUGCUGACCAGAGUUCAAGGUCACCUCGGCAGCGGACGAGCCCUGUGAGGAGGCAGAGAGGUGGUUCUAAUGGUCCUUUGGGUAGGAACCUCGAGCUCUUGACGAUUCCAGGGGUUGGGCCACGGAACCUGAGGAAGCUGGUGGAUAAGGGUUUUGAAGGCGUUGCUCAGCUUAAGCAACUCUACAAGGAUAAGUUUGUUGGCAAGUCUAGCGAAAAGAUGGUUGAAUAUUUACAAAGUUCAGUAGGGAUUAUCCACAAAAACCAUGCAGAGAGUAUAACCUCCUUCAUCAAGGAUAGUGUGGAUGAGGAAUUAAAACAGGAAGAUACUGGCUCUGAUCUUAGGUCUGGCUUGAAGAAAAGGCUUACAUUCUGUGUUGAGGGUAAUAUUAGCGUGGGCAAAACAACCUUCCUGCAAAGAAUAGCCAAUGAAACCCUUGAAUUGCGGGAUCUUGUUGAAAUAGUUCCAGAGCCUAUAGCCAAGUGGCAGGAUGUUGGUCCUGAUCAUUUCAAUAUACUUGAUGCCUUCUAUGCUGAGCCAGAAAGGUAUGCUUAUACCUUCCAGAAUUAUGUGUUUGUAACCAGGGUCAUGCAGGAAAGAGAAUCUGCCGGUAGCAUCAAACCUCUCAGGUUAAUGGAAAGAAGUGUUUUCAGUGAUAGAAUGGUUUUUGUUCGAGCUGUUCAUGAGGCGAAAUGGAUGAAUGAGAUGGAAAUCAGCAUCUAUGACUCAUGGUUUGACCCUGUUGUGUCAGUCUUACCGGGGCUUAUCCCUGAUGGCUUCAUUUAUCUUAGAGCUAGUCCAGACACUUGCCACAAGAGAAUGUUAUUGCGUAAGAGAACAGAGGAAGGUGGUGUGAGCCUGGAUUAUCUGAGGGGUCUUCAUGAAAAACAUGAGAGUUGGCUGUUCCCCUCUACAACUGGAAAUCAUGGUGUUUUGUCAUUCAGCAAAUUACCAUUGCAUGUAGACAGCUCUUUGCAUCCUGAUAUAAGUGACCGUGUGUUUUAUUUAGAAGGUGACCAUCUGCAUUCAAGUAUUCAAAAGGUUCCUGCCUUGGUUCUUGAUUGCGAGCCGAACAUUGACUUCAGCAAAGAUAUUGAAGCUAAGAGGGAAUAUGCUCGCCAAGUUGCAGAAUUUUUCGAGUUUGUGAAAAGAAAGAAAGAGGUGCCAUCUUUGGAAGCCAACAACAAUGCUAAUAAAAACCUUGGCCAACAGAUUGUACUUCCUCACGAAGGUGGAUUAUGGACACCAGAUAGCAGUUGCUUCCCUGAGUCAACCGUCAAAUCUCUCGAUUUCAGAAGAGCGAUUUCGUUCCUCUCUGGGUAGCGACCUAAUUCACUGAAAUAGGUUACCCUUGCAUUAACUGACCUGGAUGUGUUUCGUUAUGUGUUGGUGUGAAAACAUUUGUAUGUUCAAUUCAUACUCUGUUUUGGUGGUCGUAUUAACGCUAAUGUAUAUGUGGUCAUGUACAAGGGAACAUAUAUUUAGGUCUAUCAUCUCUGUUAGUAAUUCUGCAAGAGUCCAAUCAGAGGACAGUCAUUGUUCUAGAAGUAAUCUUCACCUGUUUUCUAGUCUGUAUAGAUGUGCUAGUGUUCAGUUUAGUGGACCACUCGAUCUAAUUAGCUGCCUAAUUUUUGCAUUCACAACUUUUUUCUUCUUCAGAUGCAAUGUGGGAAGAAGCUGUUGCCUUACGAGUCUAUGUUUACCGAGUUAUGCAGUCAACAAUUGCUAAGAUUAUUAAAAUUUUACAUAAGUGGUGUGAGUUUUAAUUAUA